AUGUCAAUUAAUAAAGUGUGUGAUCAGUUUGAUACUUUUUGGAGGUUUUUUCCCGAUGAAUUGAAUGAUUCUGGAAAUUAUAAAAUUCAAAGUGGAACAUUUAAGAAAUAUUGUCAUAAUAGUAAUUGUGAUGCUGAUGCCGAUAUAGUUAACGCUGGUUCCUUAUGGUUAUUUAAUGCAUUUUUCGAUAAAUAUGGUAUUUCAAAUUAUGGUAAUAGUUAUAAGGAUGUAGCUGUAUAUAUUAUGAUAUGGUUAAGUUAUAGAUUAAGCCUAAAGCCACUUGAUCAAAUUAGCACAUUAAAUGAUUUUUUUUCUAAGCAUAUAAAAAAUAACACGAAGUACACUGACCAUAAAUUUAAUGAUUCAGAUUAUGACAGUUAUAAGAUCAUAGAUGAAAUAAAGGAGUAUAUGAAUAUUGAUAUUAAUAAUAUGUCUAAAUUUUAUGAAUUACUUAAAUUAUUAUGUGAUAUGAAUACUGCUUAUACGAAAAGUAAAAGUAACAAUUUUUCAGAGGAUGCUAAGAAAUUUGUUGAUAAAUAUCAAGAACGACUUGAUGAUGAUAAUAAUACUGACGGUAGUACAUACAGUAAAGUAUUACUUGUUUUAUCCAAAUGUUAUGAGGAAUUUGGAAAUUACACAGUUCUUAAUAGUACACCAAAAGAUCGUCCAUCAUUACCAACAAAAAGGACAGCUAAAGAUGGUAGUAUAUUGGGUUCUAAAGGAAUAAAAACAAUUGAAUCUUCGAGUGAAGCAGAACAAUCAAUUCAUAUAACGCCAACCCCGAGUUUUAACACUACAUUGUCAGGCUCAACACUAGCAAGCAAAUUAAUUCCAAUUUUAUUGAUAUUUGCUGCAAUACCAAUUUUCUUGGGAAUUGCUUAUAAGUAUUCGUUAUUUGGAUUUCGGAAACGAUCUCAAAAACAAAAUUUAAGAGAAAAUGUAAAAAAAUGA